AUGGCCAAAGACUCCGCGCUAACUAAGUCCGAGAAGGCUUCUUCUAAACCCACUUCAUCACAGAAAGCGCAAUCCCCAAAUUUCCACCCCAACCAAAUAACCCCAGACACCUUCCACCGUCUACUCAAUUUCUACCCCGUAACGGUAGAAGCCAUUGCGCGUCGCAAAGCAACUGCACGUGCUACUCGCUCUUCAACCGCCGCGGCGAAGAAGGCCAAGAGGUCGAAACCUGGCCCUUCGUCUUCGUCUGCAGGGGUCGGCGAUGAGGCGCUGACGGAACAGGAGCAGGCGGACCGCGACGUGCGGGGGUUCUUGGAGUUAGAUGAGAGAAGGUAUCGUGGGCUUCCGGAGCUUGUGAGGGACAGAGCAAAUGGAGAUGGAGGUGAGGGUGGGUAUCUUACGAAGGAGGAAUUGGUUGAGAUUAUGGAGUGGAAGUUAAAACACGGCGUCUUCCGCCCCAUGCUCCUCGGCAUGAUCAAAAAAAUCACCGACGACGUGGUUGAAAAAGCCACGGCGAAUGCAUUUGCCGAGCUCCCUGCGCCUCGACGCAGACUGAUCAACGAAUUCGAUGGUACCUCAACCGAAGAAGGUGGUGCAUUUCCUGAAUUCUGCCUCGGGAUGCUGUCCGGGCCUCUUCGGGGCGUUGGGCCCGCGACGAGUUCUCUUUUGUUGUCGGUUGCGACGGCGGCGAGGGACGCUGUGGAGGAGGUUCCGUUUUACAGUGAUGACGUUUUCCUUUGGCUUUGUCUUGAGGAGGUACCGGUGGAUGGGAACGAGGAGUCGGCGAAACAGAAGAAGGAGAAGAUACGUGCUGGGAUCUUCAAACCGAAUGGGGAGGUUAAUGUCAAGUAUACUGUUCAGGAAUAUCGGCAGUUGUGGGAUGCGGUGGGGAAGUUAAAGAGGCGGAUGAACGCGCUCGGGUCCCCUGUUUCCUGUUUGGAUGUUGAGAAAGUCGCUCUGGUGUUGAGGCAUAUCGACGUCUCGGGGUUCUUCGAGACUGAGGCUGAGGAGGGUAGCAGCGCAGGGAGCAAGAGGAAGCGGAAUGGAAAGUCGGGUUGA